ACGUUUUGGGGCCAGCCGCUGCAGCUGAACUGCCAAUAUAAACAUUGGCCCGUCUUUGAGGAUUUGUGUGCAUUUUAUCAGCGUAAACGUUGUUCUUCCAAGGUUUAAUUGCAGUUUUGCAUUAUGAUAAAGGAAAUGAACCAGGUUUUGGUGUUUGAUCUCGAUUGUAAGGAUUAGAAAGCUAGCAAGGCCUUGAUGUUGUCCUGCUAACGGAAGCCAAUGAUCCAGCUGGAGAAACCAGUUCUGACUGGUACCAUGCCGGUCGUGUGGCCCACCAUCCUCGACCUGGGAAGGGACGAGUGCAAAAGAAUUCUUCGUAAACUCGAGCUGGAGGCGUACGCUGGAGUUAUUAGCGCCCUGCGAGCUCAGGGAGACCUGACAAAGGACAAGAAGGACAUCCUGGGAGAGCUCACUAAGAUCCUCAGCAUCUCAACAGAGCGCCAUCGCGCAGAAGUUCGCAGGGCCGUUAACGAUGAACGCCUCACCACCAUCGCCUAUCACAUGUCUGGUCCCAACAACUCAUCGGAAUGGUCCAUCGAAGGACGCAGACUCGUUCCUUUGAUGCCGAGGCUGGUCCCUCAGACGGCCUUCACGGCCACGGCUAAUGCUGUGGCCAGUGCCACAGCCAAUCAGAACGCCUCCUUUCUGUUGCCGGCAGAAACGGGAAACAAAGAAGUGGUCGUAUGUUACUCCUACACGAGCACCACCUCCACCGCCACCAGCGCCACGGCGACUAGCGGACCUCUUGGAGCGUCUGUGAAAUCCCAGAGACCCGCCAGCCCGUCGUCCAAUGUGGUCGUGCUGCCCAGCGGGAGCACGGUCUACGUGAAAAGUUACAUGGAGCUGUUAGAUAACUUAUGUGAGUACACUGCUUCCAGAGUGGUCCUCAUUCCCACACUGUUGGUUUUUGUAGGUGCAGCUUCUGCCGGAAUGAAGGUUGCUUCAGCGAGGCUCCCAUCGCCGAAGACCCUGGUCGGUUCCCCCACCCAGAUCCUGGCCCAGUUCCCCAAACAGCAAUCCCCCAAACAGCUGCAGCAGAGCUCGCCUUUAGGAGCCUCCGGUAUCACUCAGAGCCAGGCCAACACCACCCCUCCAUCAGGAGCCAAACCCACCAUCCAGAUCAAACAGGAAUCUGCAAUGUUAGCAUAUCUAUGGUGGACCGCUGACUGGACCAGACCGGGCCCCAGCGGGAAGACGGAGCAACCGAACCUGACCUGUGACUAUGCUUUUCCCCCUCUGCCUUUCCGUGCUUCCUGGGAAGCCUGGGUCCUCAUUAAGCCGAAGCCAGUGUUUCAGACGGCGGUGGUCAGUGAACAGACCCGGCAGCUGGUCACUGAGACGCUGCAGCAGGUGACCCGAGCUGCAGAGGUCAGUCAGGCUCAGACCUCGGUCCACGACAGCUCCGGGAAGGAGGACACCGGGAGUCUGGGGGAGGCCCCCAGCGUUAGCAGCGAUGCCUCCCAGAGCAGCGCUCAAGAUCCGCAGCCUGUAGUGCACAUGGUGUCCUCCAGAGAGCAGGAUUGGACCGAGCAGGAAGUAGCUAUGGAGUCUUUUCCUGCCAUUAUCAACCCAGAGGCGUCCGGUUCAGAUUCCCAAUCCGCCACCUCAACCAUCAAAGCCCUGCUGGAGCUGCAGCAGACGGCAGCAGUGAAGGAGAAGGCUGAGUCCAAAGCGAAGCAGCCAACCAUCGACCUGAGCCUGAUGGCCGUUCCCAUCCAGCCGCCUCAGGAGAAGCUCGGCCCAGAGUCGCCAAAGCCCUCAGCAUCAGAGGCCGAACCCACGCCGGACCACGUCACGGCAGGUAAACCGAGCAGAGCGGCGGCGCCCUCGCAGGAAGGCGAGGCAGUGAUGUCGUCCACUCAGCCAGCAGGGAAACCUCUGAAAAGCAACAGUCAGGUUCCCGUGGUAACCAAACCAGUCGCACCCGCCUCCGUGGCCACGCCAUCAAACCUGUUGCUCGUCGCUUUGAUGCAAUAUAUAAACACACAUGUUGUUUUUUUUUGCUGUUGGACGUCUUUACCCCAGCAGCCAAUCAUCACUCAGAGUGCCACCGUCACCAAGAUCACCUUUGGCGGCUCUCACCACCCCACUCCGGUCUUCAGCAGCGGCGAGGCGGCCGCCAAAAUGAUCCCAGAGUCCAGUUCCGGGUCUUCAGGAGACAAGCAGUCGGUGUCCGACAUCCUGAAGAUCUCCAUGAUGGAGGCAGAGAUCGACCCCAGCACGGAGCCCAUGGUUGUGGAUUCUUCUAGCGACUGCGGCCCUCUGGGAAAAACCCUGGACGUCCAGUCGGUGUCGGGAACGCUGGACUCGGGCCAGUUCAUCAGCAGCUCCGUAGCCGGCGUGCGCCACACCAAGCCACAGCAGUUCAGCUGCGUUCAGGGCCUCGCGGCACAGAGCAGCAAAGAUGACCUGGAAGUCAUCGAGGUGAUCCCUCAGUUCUCCAUCCUGCCAGACUCCAGUCAGUCCAACGUGGUGGUGGAGCCCAGCGGCUUCCUGGAGAUCACCAACUACACCAGCCAGCAGCUGGAGGAGGACAGCCCCAUGGAGCAGGAGGUGGACAGUAGCAACGACGAGGCCGCGGCCGCCAGCCCCGCAGGGCAGCCGUAGGCGCUCUGAGGCCGGGACUCUGACAUGAGCAAGGCACUUCUUCACUUUGAACCAGCAGACUGAUGAUCCAUUUCAGACUCACACCCAGCAGACCGUUCUUGUUUCUUUCUUUCCUCUGAGCGUGUAAAACAUCACUUUGUUAGUCUCCUCUCUCCGCAGCUAAUGGCCCAUGUGGUUUUUAUUGCUGUGAAAGCUGAGGUGAAAGGAUUAGCUUUAGCUCAGAACAGCUGGAAAAAGCUCCAGCGUUUUAACGUACUCGCACAACUUUUGUCAAACCUUUCCACGUUUAUAACCCAGAAGAGGAUUUUCUUUUCUUUUUUUUUGAAUAUUCGGAUCUACUUUGCAUCAUUUCAGAAACAUAAACUGCAUCUGCGUUAAAAGCUGUCCAUAGUGACUCCUUUGUCAUCAGAGAAACUGUAUUUUUAUCCUGACUGAAUAACAACAAACUUUCUGUCACAUUUUUGUUUUAAAGAUAAAAAAAAAAAAGGGAACAUCGCUGGAGCGGAUUUAUUUCUCUGUGAGACUUUAAGCAGACCCAGAACAGAGAGCUGAAGGCUGGAUUCUGUCCAAGAUACGCCUCACUUAAACGAGAAGAAAUAAACAAUGCACCAUUGUUUUUUUUUUGUUGUAAGAUUGAAUAAGUUUAAGAAAAGAAGCUGUUGUCAGGUUUGCAUUUGUCUUGGCAUCGUUUGUUACAGCUGCAUUUUUUUUCUUACUUUUUCAAACUAGAGGACUAGUUGUGAGAAAUCAUUUAAUCUGCACAAUAAAGCAGUUGAGUGAAACUUACCAGUUUAUCAGUCCCAGCAGAUUAUUUUUCUUUAAACAGAAAAAGUCAAAACCUGUAAACAUAUACAGGAAUUUCCCUUUCCGUUACUAAUACUUAACCACUUAAGCCCAGAGGGUCUUAGCUAGCCUCGUGAGACCAUCCUGAUCUCGCGAGCUUUCAAGGUUUCACUCGCUA